AUGUCUAGUUCUAGACAAACAUCUGGGCUUGAUGCGAGGAAAAUUAAUGCAGAGCUAUUACGCUUACAGACGUUUACUAAUGGGGCCUCAGUAUCGCAAAUGCUAGAGGAUACUGAAAAUAGUAAUGAUAUAGAUAAACGUUUAGAACGCCUUGAAUACAGAAUAGCUAUACAUUUUACAUUCUGCUGUCUACCCUAUUAUUGGACUUUGCUGGCGUUUACAAGGGUGCUGGGUGGACGGCCGACAGCAAUAACGCCGUAUACGAUAUUGGUGCAGCUGUGGUUGGACCCCUGGGGCACUCCUUUUUCUUUU